AUGCCACCCCCAAAGUCCUACACCCUAACCUUCACCGGCGACGUAAUGCUCGGCCGUCUCGUCGACCAACUCUUCCCAACUCACAACUCCAACCCCUCCACACAAUCCACCCUCUCAACCUUCCUCAACGCUCACCCAGCUCUGAAAUCCUACUCCCACCGCUCUCCCUGGGGAACAACCCUCCCUCUCUUCCACACCUCCGAUCUCAACCUCAUCAACCUCGAAACAGCCGUCACAACCUCCAACACCCCCUGGCCGAACAAAGCCUUCAAUUACAGGAUGCAUCCGGACAAUCUCAAGGCCCUGAAAGAGGCACGCAUUGAUUACGCCAGUCUAGCAAAUAACCACACGUUGGAUUUCAGCGAGCCAGGACUAGAGGAGACUGUGCGGGAAGUUAGGGCUUCGGGGGUCAGGUUCGCGGGCGUGGGGAAGGAGUGUGAUGGAGCUGCUGUGUUGACGCUACCCCGGGAUCUUUCUUCUCAUUCUUUUUCUGGUGGACUUGGCGCUGGUUCUGAAUCCAAGAUUGAAGCUGGGUCAGAGUAUAAGGUCCAUGUGUAUUCGGCCUCGGAUCAUCCGCGGAUGUGGUCCUCUUUCCCGCACUUCAAUUUCAUAGACUAUACCCCCGCGACCCGGGUAAGGCUUAAAGAGCUGUUAACGAAAGGAGUGCAGCCGGCACUGAAGAUCUUCUCUGUGCACUGGGGCCCGAAUUAUACUUGGCGGCCGGAUGGGGAGAUUCGGUCGCUGGCUCACUUCUUGGUCGACGAGUGUGGGGUUGAUAUUGUGCAUGGGCAUUCGGCACAUCAUGUGCAGGGGGUCGAGGUUUAUCGGGGUGCUUUGAUUCUGUAUGGGUGUGGAGACUUUGUGGAUGAUUAUGCUUUAAAUGGGGAGUUUCGGAAUGAUUUAGGGGCUGUUUGGAGGGUUGUUGUUGCUGAUGUUGGGGGGAGAUUGGGGGUGCAGAGGUUGGAGGUGUUUCCGACGAGGUGUGAGCGGUUUGUGGUGGAGCUUUUGGGGGUUGGGGAGAGCGAUCAUGCGUGGGUUAGGGAGAGGAUCGCAGGGUUGAGUAGGGAGUUCGGGACGGAGGUGAGGGGGAGUCUGGGGAGAGAGGGUCAGUUUAUUGUGGAUUUGAGUUGA